GUAACUGAAAGGAAAGUGAUCGUUCUAGUCAAGUGAUUGAGGACUGAAAUGGGCAUAUCUGGAAUUAAAGGCAUGAAAAUUUUGCUAUAAAUUUGAUCGUUGGCGGUAAGGUUUGGGUUUACCCUUUUACCUUAUCAUGGAAUGAGAUACGAAUGAAUGAUUCACAAAAGCCCAAACGCCACAGCUUGUUAAUAAUUGCAGCCGCUCUUUCUGUAUUCUCUCCCUCUCUCUCUCUCUAAUCAAUUAUCACUUUGAUAAACCGAAAAACACUUUACCUUCUCUCUUUUGGUUUCUUUCUCUUUUUUAAGUUGCAAAAUCAAAGGAAGAAGGAAAGGAAACAGAAGAAAAGAUGGCAUCAGAUGAAAGUAUGACGGUAGUUUCUUCCAUGCAAGAUGAUGAGUAUGAUGAUAUUGAUGUUGGGUUUGAUCAUGAUCAUCAGGUUCAUCCACAUAAUUUGUCCAGGCUUUCCAUGUGUACUAGUUCCAUGUACACGAACGAAGAUGAUGAUGAUGAUCAUAUGGGGAUUUACAUGUCGGGAUUGUCAAUUGAAAGCUUUGAUGCAGAUGCUGAUGAAGAGUUCUCUGACAAAGAAUUGCUUGAACUGUCAUCAGACUCUGACAAAGAACCUGCUUGUUACUCUCUUCCCACCACGCCACCUCGUCGGAGGAAUAGAACCGGGGGGUUGUCUCAGCAGUUGAUGGGAGUGGUCAAAGAUUAUGCUAGUGAAAAUGAAGCUCAAAAGAUUAGAUUUGGAAGGCCAAAAAGGAGCAAAAAUUUGAGGCAGAGGAGGAUAAUAAGGGAAAGAUGGGCAGAUAAGGAGAGUAAAGGUGGCAGCAAAAAGAAAGAUGGGGAUUUAAUGGCGGGUUAUAGCAACUAUAGUGGAAGUUUUAGUGGGGAGAGUGAAGGGGGUAGUGCGGGUGUGGUGGUUAUUACAAGGCCAAAGGGAGGGAGGAGGUCGUUGUGUAUGGACUUGGAGGAAGUGAAGGCGUGUAGGGAUCUGGGGUUCGAGUUGGAACAUGAGCGUAUGUUGGAGAUGCCCGGUCGUGUUUCCCUGUCAGGUUCCACUCGUGAUAGUAGCGGUGGCAAUUCUCCCAUCGCCAACUGGCGUAUCUCUAGCCCUGGUGAUGACCCGAAAGAUGUCAAGGCUCGGCUGAAGGUGUGGGCACAAGCAGUGGCACUUGUAUCAACAUCCAAGCAUUGCAGCUGACAAGCUUGCAACUCUCAACUAUCAUCGACUAAUAUUUUUGGUUCCUAGUUUUAUUUUUCUUUUUUCUCCAUUGAAAUCCUUUUGGUGGGAUGGAUUUGGUACUUUUCUUCUUCAUCUUGCUGCCAAGAAAGAAAGGUUUUUCUUGUGGUUUAUUCGACCUCUUAUCGUUUGGGUUUGGCAUUAGAGAGAUUGAGGCACCUUUUUUUAUUACCUGUGUACACAGCUUUCCGCUUGUAAAUAUAACACGGUGGAAUAUGGAGCCGAUGGUAGGCUUAAUUUACGCUUUGUCAAGAAGUAUUAUUUCCCGUUCAUGUAUUCUUUGCAGAUCAGUUUUCUGUUGUUAGUCAUCAGUCUGGAUUUGGGUAGUUUCAGGUACAGCAUUCGUGUUGAAAUUUGUUUCACGUUGUUUUCAUAAAAAAUUGCAUUUGAAA